AUAUAUAAAGUUAUCGAGUUAUUGUUAUUGAUUACUAAAUAACAAAGUGUACACAAACAAAGCCGGCAAAAGCGCUGAAGCCGAAUAAUAACAAAAUAAGCAAUAAGCUGAGCUUUCAGCGUCGUGUAAAUACAAGUGGAGAGUGGGACCAGAUUUGUUGGGUUUAUAUAUUUUGUUAAGUGCAAAAAAGUCGUGCUUCGUGUGCCAAAACAUAGAUAGAGAGAAAGAGAUGAACACAAAAAUUGGAAAAUAAAUAGCGAAAUAGCAAAAUAGCAAUUAUCCAGCGCAGUAGCGUGUACAAGAAUUAACAACAAUAACAGCCAUAAAUAAAAGCCGCCGACGCCAACACAACCGCCAACGCCACCCAAAAGAAAGUGUCACUGCUGCCCCCAAGCCCAUCUUCAUCUCCUUCUUCUCCAGCAGGCAUACAAACCCACCACCAACACAACAACACAUAAGACGGCAUCGACGCGAUAUACGACGACGCAACGCAGCAAGCGCAGUUUUUCGCACAACAAAAACAAUAAGAGAGCGGCAAAACGGCGACAGCAACAGCGACCGCGACAGAGGCAGUGGCAGAGGCAACGCGACUGUAGCGAUAAAGUGAAAUUAACCAUAAUUUAUUUAAAUAAUAGCCAAUAUAACAAUUAAGAAAAAGCAACACCAACGAGAACAACACCGACCAGCAGCGCCACCAACAUCAAUAAUAAUAAUAAUAUCAACAACAACAAAAUGGCAACAUUAAACAAAUUUACAAAAACUUUGUCCAAUGAUGAAAAGGCCGAGAUAAAAGAGAAAUUUACAGAGCUGGACGCGAAUAAGGAUGGCUUCAUCGAUCUGAACGAGCUGAAGGAUGCCCUCAAUCAGGUGGGCUUCAAGCUGGCCGGCUACCAGGUGCGCGAGAUGAUUGACGAGUUCAAAGGCAAACAGCGCACCGCGCAUCAGGGCAAACUGAAUUUGGAUGAGUUCGAGACGCUCUGUCUGGACCUCAAGUCCAAGGAUGUGGCCAGCACGUUCAAAACGGUCGUCUCCAAGAAGGAGAACCUGGAGACGUUAGGCGGCAUGUCCAGCAUAUCGUCCGAGGGCACCACGCACUCGGUGCGCCUCGAGGAGCAGCUGGCCUUCUCCGACUGGAUCAACUCAAAUCUGGGCCACGACAAGGACCUGCAGCAUCUGCUGCCCAUCGAUGCGGAGGGCAAGCGCCUCUACCAGUCGAUCAAGGACGGCAUCUUGCUGUGCAAGAUCAUCAAUCACUCCUGCCCCGACACAAUCGACGAGCGCGCCAUCAACAAGAAGAGCCUCACCGUCUAUCGUGAGUUCGAGAAUCUGACGCUGGCGCUCGUCUCCUCGCAGGCCAUCGGCUGCAACAUUGUGAACAUUGAUGCCCACGAUCUGGCCAAGGGCAAGCCGCAUUUGGUGCUCGGCCUGCUCUGGCAGAUCAUACGCAUUGGCCUGUUCAGUCACAUCACGCUGGACAGCUGUCCCGGCCUGGCCGGUCUGCUCUUUGACAACGAGCGACUGGAGGAUCUGAUGAAAAUGUCGCCGGAGGCCAUAUUGCUGCGAUGGGUGAACCAUCACUUGGAGCGUGCCGGCAUCUCGCGUCGCUGCACCAACUUCCAGUCGGACAUAGUCGAUUCGGAGAUCUACUCGCAUCUGCUGAAGCAGAUCGCCGGCAACGAGGCCGACGUCAAUCUGGAUGCGCUGCGCGAAUCCGAUCUGCAGCAGCGCGCCGAGAUCAUGCUGCAGCAGGCGGCCAAGUUGAACUGCCGCAGCUUCCUCACGUCCCAGGACGUCGUCAAUGGUGUCUACAAGCUGAACUUGGCCUUCGUGGCCAAUCUGUUCAACAACCAUCCCGGCCUGGACAAGCCGGAGCAGAUCGAAGGUCUCGAGUCCAUUGAGGAAACGCGCGAGGAGAAGACCUAUCGCAACUGGAUGAACUCGAUGGGCGUGGCGCCGCAUGUCAAUUGGCUGUAUUCGGAUCUGGCCGAUGGCCUGGUCAUCUUCCAGCUGUUUGAUGUCAUCAAGCCAGGCAUUGUCAACUGGAGUCGCGUCCACAAGCGCUUCACGCCGCUGCGCAAGUUCAUGGAGAAGCUGGAGAACUGCAACUAUGCCGUUGAUCUGGGCAAACAGCUGAAGUUCUCGCUGGUUGGCAUUGCUGGACAGGAUCUGAACGAUGGCAAUGCCACGCUCACGCUGGCUCUGAUCUGGCAGCUGAUGCGCGCCUACACACUCUCCAUUCUGUCCCGGCUGGCCAACACGGGCAAUCCCAUAAUCGAGAAGGAGAUCGUGCAGUGGGUGAACACACGCCUCUCCGACGCCGGCAAGCAGUCGCAGUUGAGGAACUUCAACGAUCCAGCGAUCGCCGAUGGCAAGAUCGUGAUCGAUCUGAUCGAUGCCAUCAAGGAGGGCAGCAUCAACUAUGAGCUGGUGCGCACCAGCGGCACGCAGGAGGAUAACCUGGCCAACGCCAAGUAUGCCAUAUCCAUGGCGCGCAAGAUUGGCGCCCGUGUCUAUGCCCUGCCCGAGGACAUAACCGAGGUCAAGCCCAAGAUGGUGAUGACCGUCUUUGCCUGCAUGAUGGCGCUCGACUAUGUGCCCAACAUGGACAGCGUCGAUCAGAACAAUCACAACAAUAGCAACAACAGCAAUUGAAUUGCACAGCAGCAACACAACAACGGCAACAGCAGCAACUACUCAAUUAAAACUACAGAUAAACAACAACAACAACAACAAAAGGAGUAACAACAAAUUGUAGAAAACCAAACAAGGCAAUACGGCCGGACGCAUGUGUCUGCCGUAGUUAACUGAAACUAAUUUUCAAAUUUAGUGGCGCAACAACAACAACAACAACAACUAUCAACGACCUGCAAAUUGUUCUUGUAACGUUCUUUUAGAAUUUUUUUUAUUAUUAUUAUUAUUGUAUUAUUUUUUUGCUAUUGUAAUUAAGCGUAAAAAGUUAACAAACGAAAAAAAGGAGAGAAAACCC